AUGUUGAGUGCAAUGGGCACGUUUGAUGAAAGGUUAAAUGGUAGUAUUAGAGUGGACGACAAUUUUAGGUCAGAAGACGUGAGUCCCUAUCAGUCCGACUUCCGCCCGCAGCAUAAGCUGAACCAGCAGAACCUUCAGUUACUCAGUCAGAACAUGUUUUCUCAUGAUGAAGCUCAGAGACGCAACCAGGCAUCUUGGCCGCAUCAAACUUUAAAAGUUACCAACAAUGACAAUGCCGCUGACACAGGUGGUGGCCCUUUUUCGGCGCAGUCGUCAAGUCAAGUGGCGCAGGAACCUACAAAGCAAGCUGGACCGAAAAGUCUGGCAUCUGAGUCCAUAAUUGAUGCAUGGAGGACCAGUCCGAAGGUCUUAGAGCAUCCAUCGUCAACAUGUACUGAUAUUCAAAAGGAGGAGAUGCGACGUAUAUCCAAUCAAAGUCGCGAAAUAAUCGAUGAGAGUAGCUCGCAGCAAAGUCAAUCCAAAUCUGCGUCUUUUGACAAAUCUACUGUGCAAAUCAGCGAUUAUCACGAGAAAGAUGUGGAGAAACCUUCUUUACGGGUCAGCGAAAAGAAUACCAGGACUGAAUCCAAUGUGUGGGCUACUAAAUCGAUUUCUGCUUCCGCAUCCACAAUUUCGAAGUCACUCAAGGAUAUUCAAAAGGAGGAACAGCGUGAGAUGCUAAGUAAGAUGAGCUCGGACAAUAGCGAGGAUAAGAAUCUUGCUCAAAUGGGAGUCCAAUUGAAGAUGAUGCUUGGCGUGAACUCUGUGGCAGCUCAUCGGACUUCUUCAGCUCCUGUCGCAACGAGCGUAGCUCGAAGUCAUGUAGCAUCGACGUCUAUGUCUAUUACCCCAGUAACCAGUGCGUGGGGCACAACGGCAACUAUAACGAAGAAAAACGAUUCCAAGUCAAUGCGGGACAUUUUAGCUGAAGAGGAGCGUCUAGCGCUGGAGCGAGCGAAAGCUAAUGAAAAUGCACCAACUAGCUCGCACUGGAUGAAUAUCGUAGCGGGUAACAAAAUUGCCGCAGCAGUUAUUCCAAAAUCAACCCGGUCAAGUCUGGGUCCUAUACCUGCGUCCGUGCUGAAAAGCCGCCAGCAAGUUCGUGUUGUCAAUGGAGCUGCAAAACCCGUUGUCUCGAAGGCCGACAAUGACGCCUCUUUUUGGAACUUUGGUGCUGUUCAGUCAGCUGACAGUGGGUAUGUAUCCACAAAUGUGUCAAAUGGUUCCUCAAAUGCAUUUGGUAAGAAGAUUGUGUCAUCGGAAUUUAUGGGAUGGGCUUUAAAGCAAUUGCAGACGAUUAAUAGCAACGCUGAUGGGACAUUGCUGGAAUACCUGGCCUCAGUUGAGGACCCGGGGGAAAUUCGUGAAUAUCUUGCGGCGUACCUAGGAUCCACACCACGAGUGUCAGCUUUCGCCACCGAGUUUAUUCAGCGCAAGAAAUCACAAAGCGACGGUAAAAAGUCUCAAGGUGAGCAGGACGCCAAUCAGCGUGCAUUUGAGGCGGGCUCGUCAAAUAAGCGGGGAAAACGCCGUCUUAAGAGUCAUAAAAUUGAUCCAUCCUUGCUCAAUUACUCGGUGGGGAGCUAA